AUGCCCAUUCAACGCAACGACUUCCUCGUGCUGUGGAAACUCUCCAGAUCUGGCGACGAGGUCAAAGUUCAAGAGGAAAUCGAGGAAUCGGACGCUGUGGCACGCAACCUCGUGAACUUUAAACAUCAUCGCAAGGGCACCACACCGCUUAUGGAGGCUGCUGCUUGCAGGGGCGGCGAACCAGUCGUCACCAAGCUCAUUGCUGCCGGCGCUGACGUCAACGACGUCGACGACACCAGGCUCAAGAACACAGCCCUGCACUAUGCUGCAACGACGAACCCGGACCCUUUGGCCACCGAGACGCUACUGGAAGCUGGAGCAGACGCCUUUGCCGUCAAUCGCAAGGGCCUCACACCACUCGACGUCGCUCGUCAAAACGGUCGCAAAGCAGUCGGUACUGUGCUAAUGAACCUCAUGAAAGUCCACGCAGGGUGGCUGUACUUACGCGGUAAAUUCCGUUGGAAAAGACGAUGGGCAGUCGUGGUGGCCUGCAACAGACAACGCACGUCCACUGAGCUCUGCAUCUUCCGUCGUCAAGGUGAUCUUCGUCCAGAUUUAGUGAUGCUCAUUGACGAGGCAGCGCGAGUGUCCCACUUCCCGUCGACAGACAGCUACUCGUGGCUUAAGCGCGAGAAUGCCUUCGUGUUCGAUAAGCCUGUCAUGUGCCAUCGCAUUAAGGGACGCAAGUUCACACGUGCACCAAUCUGCAGGAAGACCAUGAGUCUGGACGACGUGCAGACGCUCCACUACGUAUUCGCCGCCGAUAGUUUAAACAACCUGGCCCAAUGGCGUCGCGUAUUGCAGAGCUUCAACUUUUGCUCACGCAAGAGUCGAUCGUCGCUGAAUCGGACAUCGCUAGUCGAGACGCAGAAUGGAGAACUGUACUAUUGGCCUCAUGAACUGGUUGAGAAUUUGCGCAGUUCGAUCUUAAGGGAGCAGGAUCAACAACGAGAAGAAGCGAACGACCCACUGUACCAGCGGCUUCGCGCAACAUUCGAGCAGCGGCAAUCGGAACUUGCUCCUAAUGCCCAACAAGCACCCCAGCCACAAGCUCCAACACAACUUCUUCCGUCGUACGAGAACUCGGUCGAUGAUCUGCCGCCUAAUUUUCAGAGACGAGCUACACCUGGCCAACUCGUUGAUCAGCCAAGGGCUCUAGUGAACCGUGAUCAAAGCCGAGUGCACUUUACGCCCAUACAGCCAGUGAAAUACAUCGAAGUGCCGCUGGCAGCACAACAACCAUACAUCGAUUGCCAGGACACGAACUCGAGUGUCAGUAUCGUCACCGGGAGCGAUUUUGACACCGCCGGCCCCGAGUUUGAAACGGGGAUCAUGAUUUUAUCCGACAACGAAUCACGAACAUCCCAGCCUCAGCAGAGUUCGAACCAGGAACAGGAGAUCGACAUUCGAGGAAAAGGUGUCGAGCCACAAAACCAACAAGAAGAAUCACCGCAGCCCACAGAGGCGUCUGAAGAGCAAGUUCGCCAGUCUUUUGACACCCAACCAGAUCUGUGCGGAAUCUGCGAUGUGACACGACGGAAUGCCAUUUGCUCGCCGUGCGGACACCAAGCCGGCUGCACCGGUUGUCUCAAGACUAUCAUGCGCACGUUAAAGAGCUGCCCGAUAUGCCAGAUGCCUGUGCGUUCGGUUCUGAAGGUGCACGACUAAGGUAAGCGUGGUACAUGUAACAAGAGCAGUUGGACGAGCUUAUUAAGGAAGCGUAGGCCUGUAAAACUUUGAAGUAGGAAGAUAAAUAGUAGUCGAGUCCAUUAGGUGGACCGAUUUUCGCAGUAUAUGAACUCAUUCAAGUUA